AUGUAUUUGACCACCUCAACAUUCGAGAACUGCUCAGGUCAAUAUGAUAUUUCAAAGCGCGUCGACUAUACAACAACACCAUUACCAACAGCAAUCCCACCCGCACCAUUUCUUUUCGUCAGAGACGACUUACUCUACUUGGAGACAAGCUUCCCACUAUCCCUGAUCUCAAACGUAUUCUCGACAGAUGUCUAUUAUCUUGCGCAGAGAUACGGUGUGAUGCCACUCAAGCCAUUUCUUAGCCCAGAAGUGACUCAAUUCCAUGUGCUUUGUAAUUCAGUCCAACAGCGUCGGCCAUUUGUCGAACUGAUUUUGACACGUGUGAAAGACUCGCUGAAAAGAACUCUCCUUGCAAGAAAUGAAAUUACAGUGUUCAAUAUCUCGAGAGUGCUCCACAUAUUCAAAACACAGAUAGACACGUUCUUGGUGAUCCUCACAAAAUGUUUUGCGUCUUGUGUGUUGAGCCACGGAGAAUUGGAAGCGUACAAAAGAGUCAAAGAGUUACUUGAACUCACUUCGCAACAGGUUUGGUUGUACAUCUACGAAUCCCAAUUCUUCUUGGAAAAAAAAGAGUUCUCGUAUCCCGUUGCAUUAGUUCCAAUAAAGCAAAUAGUGCCACGAGUCGUUAUGAAACACAAAGCACUUGAAAUAAGAGUGUUUCUUUUGUCAGGAUGUUUGAUCCACCUCCCCACUCUCAAAAUGCCAAAACCAUCAUUACUUUCUAUUUCAACAAGUGGGAAAUCAGAGUCACUGUUCGAGACACAUGCCACAGAUUUUGUGCCAUCCGAGUUUGCGGGGGGAAGCGUGAUGCAUUCGGUAAUGUUCUGCACCGCGUUGAAAGGAACAAACAAACUCCCAGUCGAUUUGUAUCCAAUAAUUUCAAUUGACUUGCCCAAAGAAAAUGGAGCAGCCAUAAAAGCGUGCUUCAGGGCAACAGACCCAAUCAAAACACUUGUUAUCACAAACACAUCACAGUGGGUCGAUACGGAGUUUUCACUAUUUGUGGACUGUCUGACAGAAAGUGGGCUUUUUGGGUCGGUACCUGUCGAUAAAUUAUUCAAUCUAAUCAACUCGCUUGGUAUAGAACUUGGUGUACACUCCAAAGAAAGGCAGAAGUACCCAUUCUUUUCAUUUGAAGAGGCACUGCGCAUGGUUAACUCCAUUCUCAACGACGUACAAAAACAAAUGACAGACGCACUCGACUAUGAGCUGAUCAACAUUUUCUCAAGACGCCUUUUGGAACACAUUGACAAAGCCACAAAAACAAAGAUUUCCAAAUAA